GGAAAAGAUCGAUGCUAUUAGCUUUAUCAGCAAAGAACAAAAUUGGAUUUGUUGAUGGAAGCUACAUGAAGCCAGAUGCUGGAACAGUAGAAUGCAAAGCUUGGGAAAGGUGCAAUGAUUUGGUAUGCUCUCUGAUCCUAGGGAAUCUGAAUGAGGUAAUUGCUAAGAGUGUUAUGUUUCUCAAAUCUGCAAGAGACAUUUGGCUUGAUUUAGAGGAUAGAUUUGGAUUUGCUUCUUUGGCUCAAAUUUAUUCACUCGAACAAAAAUUAGCUGAGAUAGCACAAGGAAACAAGUCUGUGUCUGAAUUUUUUACUGAAAUCAAGUCUAUAUGGGAUGCAAUUGAAGAGGCUCAUCCCUUGCCUUAUUGCACCUGCAACAAUUGUACUUGCAAUGUGACCAAGAAAUUUUUCCAAAGACAACAAGAAAAAAUGGUCAUGCAGUUCAUGAUGAAGCUCAAUGAUCAGUUUGCUACAAUUAGAGGCAAUGUACUCAUGGUGCCUACUUUGCCAAAAGUUUCUGAAGCCUACAGGUUGUUUGCUCAAGAAGAAAGACACAAAGAGGUGUCUCAGGCUAGUAAUCAAGUGGAAACAUUGGCAUUUGCAGCUGAAAAGAGAAGAUUCAAUGGAGAUCACUGGAACAAUAACAACAAGAGCUACAAGACUCAGCAAACAGGAUUUCAAUCUGGUUUUCAGAAAACUGGAACUAAUACAAGAUAUGGUAAACCAGGAUCCAACUAUUAUUGCACUCAUUGCCAAAUCCAGGGUCACAGUGUGGAGAGAUGCUUCAAGAUCCAUGGUUAUCCACCUGGUUUUAAGACUAGGGACAACAAAACAGCUGCUGUUUCUUUUGGAGGUGAUUCUAAUGAAGGAGAAACAACAGUGCCACAAUCUGAAACUAAUCCAGUGAUUACUAUGGACCAAUAUCAACAGCUUAUGGAUAUGUUGGCUAAGCAACAGCAGAGUGCAGGGACUGGAACAAACUCAGCUAUGAUGGCAGCAAGGGAAGUUGAUUCCUCUUGGUGAUGUGAAGUCAGGCUUAUACAAUUUGGCAGAAAAGAAGUUGGGAGAAGCUAAUUCUGUGCAGACACACACAUGUAGUGUAGCUUGUCUCUCUACUGUAGACAAUGCCAAGUUGUGGCACUUAAGACUUGGUCAUUUACCUUUCAGUAGGUUGAAACUAAUAAACCCUAGCUGUGUGAUCACACCUUGUUUACAGGAUACUAUCUGUCAAGUAUGUCCUGCUGCCAAACAGACUAGACUUAGCUUUCCUUCUAGUAGCAUUAAGUCAACUAGUCCUUUUGAUCUUAUACACAUAGAUAUUUGGGGCCCUCAUUCUGUAAAAACUCCUACUGGAUGUAAUCAAUUUCUGACAAUUGUGGAUGAUUAUACCAGAUUUACUUGGUUA